AUGUUUGUGUCUUUCUUUCAGGAUUUUACAUUGGAUUUGUUCUUGAGGCAGCAGUGGGUGGACAAGAGGCUUGAUCACGGCACUAAUGAAACAUUUUACCUCAGUAAUCACGUGGUUAACUAUAUUUGGGUGCCUGACUCCUAUUUUGUAAACGCCAAAGAUGGUGAAAUGCAUGACGUCACAAGUAGUAACGUGAUGGUUAUGCUGGCCCCAGGAGGCCUGGUAAAAUACAAUGCACGGUACGAGAAAACAGGUGCCUGCUACCCUAAGGAUAAUGAUUCCUUCUAGUAAUCGGUGUUUAUCCGCGAAACUUACACAAAACAAAUCGAUAGGAUUUUUCACUUACAAUAUCUAAGAGGCUUUGGAAAAUGCAGCGCGAAUUGCAAGCAUGAUUCCGAAAGCCGGUUACUUUUUUCAUGUUUUCUCUACUUGUAAACAUGAAAGACUUAGACUACCAGUAGUCCCCCAUUUUUCCUCAGGGAUAGUAGAGCGAGCGAAACGCGAGCGGGCGUGAAAAUCACCCCACGCGAGAAAAGGCGACACGCCGGAAAAAAAUAAGCUACUUGUGGGUAGCUACAUGUGCUAAAUGUGUAUUUCAGUGACUAACUUUAACUCUUGCACUUUUAUACAAAGCAACAGUAUCAAUAUUUUAUUGUUAUUUCAGAAUCACUGUUAAAGCUUAUUGUCCGAUGAAUUUGGAAGAUUUUCCGAUGGAUAAGCAAAGAUGUCCUAUUACGAUUGAAAGCUGUAAGUCAGGUUUAUCGUAUAUACCACAUGAACACUAACUGACGGACACACUUUUCCAAAUAUUUUCCAUAACUCUGAACUCUGAUGUGAGCCUCGAUCCGACAAGGUGUUCAUUUGUUUUCUCUAUUUCUUUUGCCAUUUAAAGAAAGAGUGAUUGUUUUUCAAGAAAAAUUGACUGAGCAGCUUGUUCAAUGCUUUAACAAGCAACUGAGCAUCGCUUUGUUAUUCAGAUUCAUUUUUCAACGGGAUUUUUCUGUUGGUGUUUUGGACUUUUACCGUAAAGAAUAUGAUAAAUACUGCAGGGCUAUUCGGUUCCCCAGUGGAGUGUUUAACCAGUACAGAUAGUUAAUAAAAUAUUAUCAUCUUGUUAUUUUAGAUGGCUACAGCGACGCUCAUAUCACUUUUAAGUGGGAGACAUCAAAUGGCAUGGAGUUUGUAGCCAGUAAUCUACAAAUGCACCCUCAGUACGUUCUCACUGGUAUGGAGUUAUCACAGUCCUUUACGGCUUAUGUUGCAGGCGAGUAAAUUUUACUGUCCUCAUUUUUAAUCCGAGUUUCUUGCGAAGUCGUAUUUGCAUUAUGGUAAUGUCAUAUCAAACAUGAACAAUUGCUUUUAAACACCGGGAAAAAGAUGAAAAAAAAGGGGAACACCGCAAUUUUCAUUUCAAAGGUUUGUUGAAUAAAACAGAGUGUUUUACAGCUUUUGAUUUUUGGAGAAAAACCAAUUGAAGACGAAACUAUAUAAUUUUGGCAACAAUUAAUCCAAAUUAAUCUUGGCUUGGUUUCUUUUCUUAGCCAACUGGACUGGAGUUACAGCAACAUUCAUUUUUGAAAGGAUUUACAGUUAUUUUAUCUACAAUGUGUACGGACCUUCCGUGAUUGUUGUCAUUAUUUCGUGGGUUGGUUUUGUUAUACCACGUGAUACACCAGCAGCUCGCGUGACACUAGCAGUCACGGCAGUACUGACAAUUGUAACCAUCCUGACCAUACUGAACAGUUCUAUCGCCAAGGUACGUCACGCCAAUUUCUAUACGACGUAUUGCUUGGCGAAUGUCCUCGCUACCAUCUUUAGCUUGAGCUUCAACAUACAAAACCAACCGGCCUAUAAUAUGCGUCUGGUUAAAUUAUUUAUGUAUGACUCUGCUCACAAUUCAACAGCGCCACAAAAAAAUUCCGCUUGGGAGAUAUAAAAGUCUUCUUUGGAAUAAUUUUGCUGCCAUUAUAGGUUAAAGUGCUUCUAGAUAUUUCUAACACUAGAAAACCAUGCACAGAAUAGUGACCGCUCCUUGUAUAGUAACCGCGCCUUGUAUCGGCUCAGUCAAUGCGUAAAUACUGUCUUUCCCUAAAGAGACACCCUACCCAAGUGACCUCGUUUUUCAAAAUAUUUACUUUAUCGAGACAUUUAGAUCCAGAAUAAUAAUUUAAAGUAAUAAUUAUAGCUCCAAUAAUUGAAAAUUGGAUGUUAAACCCUGAAAUAACACAAGGCCACGAAUUUCAAAUUUCACAAUUUUUUCUUUUGCCCUAGCCUGAAUUUCAUCCGAUUACUUCGAGUCAUUAUUAACUCCCUCAAUUGCUGAGAGGAGAAAACGACUCGAAGCAAUUGGAUGAAAUUCUGGCUAUUCCCCCCCCCCUCUUUACGUACUUUUGGAGGCAUAUAUAAUACACAGGUGUUCAAACAACAACUAGUUUUGUAACGUAAGAAUAAUUUUCUGCUCAGCACAGAGGUGAUUUGAAGGGUAUGAUUUCUAUUUUUCUCAUUUUUUUAAAGGUAAACUACAUAAAAAAGAUAGAUGUAUAUCUUAUUUGCUGUUUCUUAUUUGUGUUUGCAUCCUUGAUGGAGUACUCAAUAAUCUUACUACUAUCUUCGCGAAUGAAGAAGAUGCAGCAGAAGAGACCACACAAGGAAGCUGAGGAGGUAUAUAAGUUGUCAUUGUUUUAUCGGCUGAUUAUACUCUUCAGUUUCAGAGACGUUGAUGAACUAGGCCAUCCCAAUAAAAUGUUUCGUUUCCCAUCGCCCUGUCUCUUGUGAUGGUGGGUCGAUCGGUCGGGCAAAGCCUUGGUUACAAAGUCAACUCGAAACGUGGUCUUUUUUGACUAUCAAAUGUCUAAACAGCCUUUAAAAAACGUAGUAUCGAUGUUAAUUAAAGACAAGGACAUCACAUCAUACCAAUUGUUGUUAAUAAAACAAGAUCGUGUGGUUGUACUUGCUUCUCUGACUAGUUUCUUUGACUACACUGUAGUUAAUAUGGAAUUUUUUUUUUUUUUUUACUUUUCGAAAAAAAUGGGUCGGUCGGGCGAUGGGAAACGAAACAUUUUAUUGGGAUGGCCCUAGUAGAAAUUAACAAUCAACGGUAGAUUUCAAAAUCCUCAAGAACGUUUGUGCCUUUGUUACUUUCGACGCUUGACCUCAUUUCGUCCGGAAAAAUCCUCCUGUUUAUGAUCAUAAUACAGGACUUAUGAGUUUCGUUUUUUUUUUCUCAACAGGAAAAAGAGGAUCUUGAAAGUAACUCUUUUUCAGGCUAUCCGAUUGUCCAACUUAAAGCGGUCAUCGCCGACCUUAAAAGCCGUGUUUACACCACGUCCUUUAUUUCUUCUCUUGAUGAUUAUUCAGUUUAUCUCUUUCCCGCAGGAUUUGCCAUUUUUAAUUUUGCUUACUGGCUGAACACAUUUAAAUGA